GGAGACUGGAGGAGUCCGAGCGAAGCGGAAGCGAUCGGCUGUCGCCUCUCAUCCCCGACCUCAGUCCAAAGGUCGAGCUUCCUAGAUCUAGGCGCGAUUUUUUGCAGGAUUUUUUCGGGGGCCUGAUUUGACGGCGUCGCUGCGGGGUUCCAUUUCUCUCUGCCUUCCAGCUGUGAGAUUCUUUUUCCUUCUCAUCUUCGCUCGUUUCGCAUGCUGGAUUAAACCCUAGGUCGUAACUUGGGCCAGAUUAUAUCUUACCAGGUUGGAGGCUUAGCUGAAUCCUCUGGUCACCCACCUCAAGAUGUCAUUGCAUAUUGGAGGGCUUUCUUCAGCUGUGCAGGAACAAGAUCUUCAACAUGUUUUCCAGAAGUUUGGACCCUGCACUGUGAGGAGGAUGAAAGAUAGAUAUGGAUUUGCAGUGUUUGAUUCUAGUGGUGACGCAGCUCGAGCCUUGCGGCAACUGCAUAGGGCAUUUGUUUGUGGAAGACGCAUAACUGUUAAUUGGUCAAAACAUCAGCCCAAUCAUUCUCGCAGUUUCAGGAGGAGUUCAAGACAGAUUGGGUCAUCUAAUGGAAGGGCGUCCAGAGAUGGUGUGGAUAAUUUGAGGUUAAGGGAGCCUGCAGAUCAGAAGAAUGACUCUACAAGUCAUGGUAUUAGUCUUAACCCUGUCGAUGGAGUAGAAGAGAAGAAUAACCAUAUGAGUCAUGAUAAGAGCCAUAACCCUGAUGAUAUAGUAGAAAAGGAUUCUGAUGAAAUUGCUGAGGGCAUGAAGGAAGCUGGAGAAAGUAUUGGUGAAGAUCCAGUUGAGAUGAAGAUCGAUGAUGGAGGUACUAGUGAUGCUAGAGAAACUAAUGGUGAAGAUCCAGUUGAGAUGAAGAUGGAUGAUGGAGGUACUAGUGGUGCUAAUGCAAUUCAACAUGAUAGAUGGGGCGAGACUGGAAUAGGAAAUCAUGGUGGGGAUGAUGAUGAUUUUGACCGUUUUGAACCUUAUCAUGGCUACAGAAAGCGAGAAGAGAAGAAAAAGAUUGUUAAAGCAGAUCACAGACGGAAUUCUGAGAAGUGGCAAAAGCACCCUGCUGAGCGCUUUGACCAGAACCAUGGUAAAUCAAGAGCUCUUCCAACCUGCUACAAAACACUGGGAGAUGGAUUCAGUUUGAGAGAAAGAGAGGAGCUGAGGCUAAGAAAAUUCAGGUAUCCCUCAACGAGACGACCAGAAUCUCAUGUCGACCCAAUGACUCGAGGACAUCAUAGAGUUCAAGAUUUCAGGAAACCAUUUUCUGAUAGGACUGGGAGAGCGCCCAAGUUGAGUGAUGUGCCUAGAUUGGACAGAACACAUAUACCUCAGAGUGAAAACAUGGCAGAAGCCCCCAAGGAAGCGCAUAAUGGAAGCAAGUUGAAAAGAUCUCGUGAGCCAUCUCUCUCUUCUGAAAGGAAUUCCUCGUACUCAAGAUCUAGAUCUCCCAGUCCUCGUUCAAGAGCACAAUCCCCAUCUCAUUCUGCACAUUCUAGUUCUAAAUCAUCUCAGCCAACUCAGCCUGGAGGUUUAAAACUGGGGCUGAGAUCAAAUUUCAGCCAUCAUGGUCCGUUAUCAGUUUCUGUUUCACCAAAAUGCGACUCUCCGCCUGCUGCAGGGAAUAAAGACAGUGGUGUUCUGGUGAACUCUCCUCUGGUGAGCGAUUUAGAUAUCAAGGCAAGAUCUGAACUCAGACAUAUGGAUGAUUGCAAGCAAGAAGCUGAAGGGUCAAGAUUAAACUGUGAGGUUCCAGUUGUUUCAUCCAAGUUGGAUGCCCAAAGCAAUGGAGAUGUGCCUGUACCUGGUGUGGAUGUUAAGGUCUCAGGUCAUGCAGAGACCAACUUGCACAAGGAUAUGGUUGAUGAUAUUGUUGGUGAUGCAUUGCUAGGUGAGACAACCAACCCUGUGGACACUUUACCAGUGAAGUCAAACAUGGAGCAUGUGGUGAAAAAGGGGAGGAUCAUUUCCUUGAAGCUAACAACUAGUGAAGUUGUCUCAGCUCUAAAGCAUUAUGGAGUGGAAGCACGUGAGGUAGUCUUGUCGAAUCAAACUGUGGAGAACUACUUUGGUGCCGCGCGCCUGUGGCCAUGGGAAAUUAUUUACUACCGGCGGUGCAAGAAAGGUCCGAUUUCCACGGAGAACUAUGGUAAACGGCUUGAGCAGAACAAAGAGUUUGGUAUCGUCGAUCAGUAUGUCAGAAGCAGCAGUGGCUGGUGGGAGCGCCACUAAGGGUUGCAGCCCAUCUGUUACCCAAAACUCGCGAAUAUGCAUUUUGAGGAUGACUAGGUUGGUGCCCCAGUUAUGCUAUAGUAUCAUCCGGCUCUCCUUUAUUUUGAAUCUUGGUGAUCCAUGGAUGUUACUGGGCAGGGUAGAAGUAGAAAGUAAAGAGGUGGUUCCAUCGUAGGCUUAUGUUAGGUAAAAAACAUAUCAUGGCAUAGUUGCUGGGUACCAAAAUAUGAUGUAUGCUAAUGCUAUGCAUCGCCUUGAGCUUCCAUCAUGUCACACAGUGAUUACUGGGCAUUCAGGUAUGCACUUUCCAUCUCAUGUCCCCUUUUGAGUUGCAAUGGUAACAAGGGUUUGUUCCAGUGUGUGUGCGUGUACUUGGGUGGUGAACAGACAUGUAAGCUGUUACUUUUGUGGUUCUAGUCUUGUAGGACUACUCAACUAGUACAAUAUUAUGAAGUUGCACUUUCAAUGUUAUGCCUAGGUGAAAUUAUUCAAUCUCGUGGCUUGUUGUUUCUA